AUGUAUCACCGUGAUGCCAUCGGAAUGCGGUCUCUCGACAUGGUGAAGCACAAGGACCGCCACUCGAAGAAGCCAUUGCCGAGAGUCAAGGUGCCUGUUCAGGGCCAGCUACCCGAAAACUCGCUUCUCGGCCUCCCAAGCAAGUUGCGAAAUCCAAUCUACGAGUUCAUGGAAGCAGACGCGACGGUCGCUGUCACGGACUUCCACGACGGUCCCGCUCCACGUUGGGCAACCUGGCAGUUUCUUGGCGCCACACAAGCUUACCGACUAAUGCGAGCUGAAUACCGCUCGUCGUUCUUCGCUGCAGUCAAGAUCAGUGUCCCGGUCAACGACUUCGAGCUUUGCAUGGAGACUUUGAUCGCCCCGCCAAGCGUCACGAAACUGGAGGAUGCGACCGGUAACGCCGUGCUCCGACAGUCAGAAGAGCGGGUGUGGACAGAGGUGACCCUGAAGAAUCUCUUUAAGCUGAUGACAACCUCACGUUUUCAGGUGGAGCUGGAGAACGUUUCGACGUUUCCCCAUAGGAGCCAGCCGAAGCAACCGAUCAAGACCAUCACCUUGAUGGAACUGAUGGAGAAGAUGCUCAGGGUGUGCAACGAAGAAGUCUUCAGGGACUACGUCUCCAAGGAGAUGGGAGAUGUGACUUUGCUCUGCAACACUACGUCGAUGAAGGGCGAAGACGUCACGUGGGUCUUCCUUGACAUGAAGGUGAACGUCACAUCAUGGAAGAAGUGGAUGGACGGCUGGAACGACACGAAGUUCUGCCCGACCGGAAAAAAGCAGUGCGGAUGCCGAGACGAGGAAAUCAAGACGUGGAGCGCCGAGUCCGGCAUGGUACCCGAAGGUGACUGUGUCGCUUGCGAGAACCUCGACUUCACCGCAUAUGUGAAGUGGUCAAGUGGCAGGAGGCACCCGCAUCUUGCUAGGCGAGAAGCACGACAGGAAGCAGCAGCUAAGCUUGCUCAAGAAGCAUCACAGCAUGGUGUUAAAUGA